AUGGGGAAGAUUUCUACCUGGCUGCUGCUGCUGAUCUUGUGGGAUGUGCUGAAUGAGACAGGGGCUCAGAUACCACCCCAGGGGUUUAGGUAUGCCUCUUAUGAAGUGACCAUCCCAAGGAAACUGACCCCCAGAUAUGGACAACAGGAACCUCAGCAUGUCAGCUAUCUGGUACACCUUGAGGGGAAGGGCCACAUGGUGCACCUCAGGCAGAAGAAGGGAUUUAUCCCUAAACACUUCCCUGUCUUCACCUAUAGUAAAAAGGGGGAACUCCACACAGACUAUCCAUUCAUCCCAGAUGACUGUUUCUACCGUGGCUUUGUAGAAGGAACACCCUCAUCUUUAGUCACCCUCAGCACUUGCUCAGGGGGACUCAGGGGUCUCUUUCAAUUAGAAAAUGGGAGCUAUGAAAUUGAACCUGUCCGGGCAUCUACUACCUUUCAGCAUGUGGUGUAUCGGUUGGAAGAAGAGAAAGGUGCAGGGCGCAUGAGGUGUGGGCUAACAGAGGAAGAGCAAAGUCGUCAAGGAGCCAUGAUCCAAAACAAGGAGAGUGUAGUGGGCAAAAGUGUUUCUGAAGGAGAGUGGUGGUCACACACUAGGUAUGCAAAAGUUGCGAUUGUGGUUGAUUAUGAACUAUAUGUGAAGUUUAACAAAAAUGAAACUCUUGUAAUUCUCCAUGUUCUGGAUGUCAUCCAUACUUCAAAUUCAUUUUAUGAGCCGCUUUCUGUUCUGGUGUCUAUAGCUGGUCUGGAGAUCUGGUCAGAAAAGAACCUCAUAAACCUUACUAACUCAAUUGAAAGUGCACUUGAGAACUUUAGGGUUUGGAGAAGAGACACACUAGUUAAACGUCUACUACAUGAUGCUGGUCAUUUAUUUGUUAAUAAGUCUUUAACAGGCGCCGUUGGAAUGACAUAUUUAGGAUUCUUAUGUGACAACCAUUAUUCAGCUGCUGUUGAAACAUAUGCAACGUCCAGUUUGUUUGUGUUUUCUGGCACAUUUUCUCAUGAAUUGGGACAUAAUCUUGGGAUGCCUCAUGAUGCAGAUUAUUGUCAUUGUAGUAAACAGUUUUGCCUUAUGUUUCCAGAUGCGGUACAUACUGAUAAGUUUAGCAAUUGCAGUUAUUCUUAUUAUUUCCGUCGAAGGAACCAUCGUUGCUUAUUAAUUCCACCGGACCCUGACAAAAUGUAUAACUUCAAAUAUUGUGGCAACAAAGUAGUGGAAACUGGUGAGCAAUGUGACUGUGGCUCAAAAGCUGAAUGUGCCUCGGAUCCCUGUUGCCAAUCCAAUUGCACGUUGCGUUCAGGUGCCGCUUGUGCAUUUGGACUUUGCUGCACCAAUUGUCAAUAUCUUCCAGCUCGAUCCAUUUGCAGACAGAAAACUAGCAUCUGUGAUCUUCCUGAGUACUGCAAUGGGACUUCGGAGAGAUGUCCUGAAGAUGUUUAUAUGCAAGAUGGUGCCCCCUGCAGUGAUGGCGCAUACUGUUAUCAUGGGCAUUGUAGUACUCACAGUGGGCAGUGCAAAGCGAUCUUUGGCAAGCAUGCAACUGUUACUUCAGAGAGUUGUUUCAGAGCAAUGAAUGCUCAAGGUGAUCGAUUUGGCAACUGUGGACUUAAGCAUGGAGCUUACAGGAAAUGUGAUCCCAAGAGUUAUUUGUGUGGCAGAAUCCAGUGUGAUAAUAUUGAUGACUUGCCUUCUUUGGAGGAACACAUCACCAUAAUUCAUUCAUCGUUUGGCAGUGAUGAAUGCUGGGGCACUGACUUCCACAGUGGGAUGAAGACAACUGAUAUUGGUGCCGUGAGAGAUGGCACUCCUUGUGGCACUGACAUGAUGUGUAUGGAUGGGCAAUGCAGAAAUGUGUCCUUAUUGAAGUACGAUUGUAAUAUCACAAUGUGCCAUAAUCGGGGAACAUGCAACAACCUCAAACAUUGCCAUUGUGAUUAUGGCUGGGCGCCUCCCGACUGUCUAAACAAAGGGUAUGGUGGCAGCCUUGACAGUGGACCUGCUCCAGAAAACAGGAGAGGUGCCUUUAUAAGAACCACCGUAGGAGUUGUUUUCCUCCUUUCUGCUGCCACUGUUGGUCUUGGCCUGGGUCUAUAUUACAGGACUGUGUUGAAGCAGAAGUUUAGAAGAAUGAGUUCAAUUAUCUCUCCAGGACAAUAAACAGAGGGUGGAAACUCGCAGUGA